UAGUUGUUAGUUGUUUAUUAUUUGAACAAUUGAAUUUUCACAAAGCAAGGAGUUCUUUCUCUUAUUAGUAUUGACAUAAAUUCCCACUGUUAGCAAAUAGUUUAUUAAAAUACAGAUUAUAAAGGAUAUUCUUUUUAUUAGUAAGGUUCACUUUGACUCUAAUAUUUGUCAAUCGUUGAAAACCUGUGAAUGAUGGAAAUUUUAGAAAUAUACAACUGUGAAGCUCUUGUGUUUGUUCUAGUAAGAUGAAAUAUUACAAAGGCUCCUUAACUACAAGGUUUAGUCUGCCUGCAGGGGAGUUAUGCGGGCCAUGACUGGUUUGUGUCUUCUCUCUUCAUGAUAAUGCUGGGUGACAAAGAGAAAACAGUUCAGUUUCUUCAGCAGUUUUCCAGAGUUCUGACGUCUGCUUUCCUUUGGUUGCCAAGACUACAUGUUUCUAGGUAUCUACCUACUGAAACUGUAGAAUCUGGUAUCCAUCCAGUAUAUUUUUGCAGCAUUCACUAUAUUGAAAUGCUGCUGAAGGCUGAAGUACCACUUGUGUUUUCAGCAUUUCACAUGUCUGGUUUUGCACCAUCCCAGAUUUGUCUGCAAUGGAUAAGUCAGUGCUUUUGGAAUUAUUUAGAUUGGAUAGAAAUCUGCCAUUAUAUUACUACGUGUGUUAUUCUUGGUCCUGAUUAUCAAGUGUACAUCUGUAUAGCUAUAUUCAAACAUUUACAACAAGACAUUCUACAGCAUACUCAGACUCAAGACCUGCAAGUUUUCCUAAAAGAAGAAGCACUGCAUGGUUUUCGAGUGAGUGAUUAUUUUGAAUACAUGGAAAUUUUGGAGCAAAACUACCGGCCAGUGCUGCUACGAGCCAUGCGGGACAUCAGAGUGCCGAGUGUGUAGAUCAGAAUGCCCACAGUUUAAUGUCAUCUUGUAUUUACUCUUACAGGAAACAGGAGGACUUGGUUGUUUUCUAACAACCAAUUUCAUUUACAUGUAUGUCAAUACUGAGAUCUUCUAAAUAUAAUAAUAUAUUCAA